AUGAUUCGGGCAUUUUUACAGCUGAGCGACCGGUUUCGGCGGCAGCAUGACUUCACGUUAGCGUUGCCUGCACUGGUCUACUUUAUCAAGCAGGAUCAGGAGUCGUUGCUAUCAAGAUCGCGGAGCGCCAACAUGAUGGCAAUUGACCCUGAGUACCCUGACCCGAAGGAACCCAAGUGGAAGGAGUUUCGCCUCGCCUUUAACGAGCUUGCAGUGCGUCACGGCGGCAUCCCUCAUAUCAACAAAACGCGCGACGGGGCGAGCAGCCAUUUUGCGCAGACCGAGGAUCAGGAGAGCAUCCGGCAGUUCCUUGCGAUACGCCAGCAGCUCGACCCAAAGGGGCUGUUCCUCAAUGACUACUUCAAGACCAUGUUCGCCAAUUAUCUUUGA